AUGAAGACAAAUAGAAGAGCAUUAAACUCCCCCCCCCCCCCCCUCCGUGAGCGAACAAAACCAUUAGAAAAAUCGCCAUUUUUUGACCAAAAACCCACCCUCCGUGAGUGAACAAAAAUUUUUUUAAUAGAAAAAAUUUUAAUGGAAAAAAAUUUUGAUAUAUAAGUGAUAAUUAGUAUAAUGAAAUCUAGAGCUAAUUCUGUUUAAUUUUAAACAAAUUGCGUUUUUAAAACAUAAAUUUUGCAAAAUUAAAUUAAUAUUUGCUUCCCAAUUUUUGCAAAUUAGGAUUUUUUUAAAUUUCGAAAAAAAUAAUUUUUUUUAUAAAAUUUAUAUAUAAAUUUUUUUUAAAAAAAAAAUUAACCCCCCUCCGUGAGCGAACAAAAUUUUUUUUUGUUCGCUCACGGAGGGGGGGGGAGUAAGUAACUUUUAUUAAGGUGAGUUUUCCCAUCGAGAUAGUUUUUUAAAUCCGAAAAUCGUAGAUCCGUUAUCAGUUAGAAAAUCAAGAAAAAGAGUGAGUACUCCCGAGCAGUAUAAAUUUUCCCCAUCAAGCAAAGGAAUAGGACUAUUUAGUCCAUUAAGUCCCGAGACUUUGUCCCUUUCUUCAAGCCGUAGGUCUGGUAUAAGAACCUAUACUCCUCCUCCCCGCAAUACAGAGAUUCAAACUGCACAUAUAAAAAUUUACAAGGUGGAAAAAACCGAUCCCAUAUCACAUAGUAACUCAAAUUCACCAAAUUCAACCCCUAGAAAAAUGCGAGAAUUUGCUCCCUCUGAAGAAUUAGUGAAAUUCAAUAACAAAAAAAGUCAUAUAAAUAUCCCGAUUAGAGGCAGGAGUCCUGAAAUUAAGCCGAAAAUUGAAAAAAAGAAGCAUAAAGUGUCACGAUAUAUUCCUACACAAAUAAAGCUGCUACUGGAAAAUACCUUAAAUGACAUAAAAUAUCCAAAUUUGACUCCAAAGCCUCAGCACAUAGAAUUUGAAAAAGAUAAUCAAUACUCACACACAAAAGGAAUGGCAGAAGUGUAUAGACAAAGAUCGAUAGUAACCAAAAUAAUGUUCGGAUAA